AUGACGCAGCGACAUAAUAUCCCUUGCUCAAAGUCGCGUUCAUCGCCGUCAACCGGGGUGGCACGCAUACCCAUGCCCCCCGUGUCUACCAGAGCAGAGGAAGUGGGAAGUCUGUGGCACGCGCUAAAGGUCAAAACGUCUGACAGCGGCUCCGCCUCCUUCUCUGCGAUCCAGGAAGUGUCGCGUGAGCAACGCAAGGUCACGGCAUCUCUUUCCCCUCGAACGCUGCUCCACGAAACAUGCGCGCUUGCCGCUGUGCUCUCUACUGAUGGCUGCGUGACGCGCGGCGACCGAGUCGCGGUGAUGUUGAGAAACGCACCAAUACACGUUGUUGCGCAAUUUGCCAUUGCUGGUGUAGGUGGAAUUGCAGUGAGCUGCAACACGCGGCUUACCGCAACAGAGCUUCGCACGCAAAUUGCCGACUCUGGAGCGAAUGUUAUCAUUGCAGAUGAGACCUUCGCGCAUGUCGUGCGCGAGGCACUCGAUGACUGUGUGCUGAACUCCCGACAAAUAGUCAUUUUAUGGGCUCCUCACGACCAACUCAGUCGCCAUAGGAGAGACGAAAGCACUUUCACGGGUGGCACCUCGUUUCCUAACGAUCAGCAUCAUUCUCGGAAACAAUCCCAGUACCGUCUGAUUCUCGAUACUACUGACUUUGAGUUCGUAGAUAACUCGAAUGCCUCAGCAUUACCGUGGUUUCCAAAGGCAACAUCUGCACAACUGGCAUCGAAUACAUUCCAGUUCAUGUUUACAAGUGGCACCACAGGACGACCAAAAGGGGUUGUCCAUACCCAGUGGCAGGUUUCAGUAAACGCAUGGCGUGCAGUAGAUAUGUGCGGGUUCAUAGCUACGGAUGUGUGGCUCCAUGCCGCGCCUAUGUACCAUGCGAUGGAUGCUUUUGCUAUGUACGCUGGUGUAUUUGUUGGGGCCAACCAGAUUACUAUUGCAGCUCCCACUACAACGAAACGAACUUCAAUCACAUUUUGCGCUAUUGAUGCUGUGCAUGCCAUCGCUGAUAGACGUGUGACGGCAACUGCAAUGACAGCAAUGCAGCUUGCGUUGCUCCUCGACCACCUUGGCGGUAACAGUCCAGCAGACGAUAUUCGCACACUAAGGCUUGUCUCUUGCGGUGGUUCUGAGAUUGAUCCUGAACUUGUUGCAAUGUUCCUCGCGAUUGCACCUUCCACGGUAUACUUCACUGACUAUGGUAUGACCGAAGCAGGUGGGCGAGUGUGUGUAUCUCUAACGUCGUUAUCUGAGGAAGCUAUUUUGUGCGCUUUGCCCGCUCGCAUACAGGCAUCUUUUGUAUCGCGUGCAGGAAGGGCAGCAACCGGAGUUGAGGUUAUUGUUGCUCGCCGACCAAUUGGCAUCAGUGUAGCAGACAAAAACUUGUCAGGAAAAGAAGCAGAGAAUCAGUCUGAUUCCAAUCUUGAAUUGGUGCACAACGAUGGUGAGGAAGUCGGUGAGGUGCUCAUCCGUGGCGCAACAGUCUUCGAAGGCUAUUGGGAUUCGAAUCUCCAAGCCCCUUGUGCUGCUACAUCUGCAGGUGCAUUUGAAUCCGGCGGUUGGUUUCGCACUGGUGAUGCUGCGGUUGUGGAUGCGCAUGGUUGGAUCACCGUGGUCGACCGGGUUAAGGAUAUUGUCAUAACGGGCGGGGAGAACGUCUUCUGCCAUGAAGUUGAAACGACCCUGCGCUCGCAUCCAGCCAUCAUUGAGGCUGCGGUUUACAGCAGACCCGAUCCACUUCUUGGUGAACUUGUCGAGGCUGCAGUGGUUACUCGAAAAACACAAAAUUCAGGUCGGGACGUGACAGAGCGUGAGUUGCUAGCGCACUGUGGCAAUACGCUUGCAUCGUAUAAGCUACCGCACGUGGUGUUAUUUGUGGAAGCGCUUCCGACAACGAGCACUGGAAAGGUACGGAAGGAGUUGUUGCGUGAUGCAGCAGCGAAAUCAUCACGAGCUCUAGAUUUGGCGAAGGAGGCAGAGGAGCCUGAUUUAGCCAUUCCGCUACCAAACCGCGCACUACUGGUCCAAAUGAUACGCAAAGAAAUAGAAGACAUCGUGCCAUUUAUUUCAAAUACAGUGCUAUAUGAGACAGAGGAUAUACCUUUAGCCCAUGUCGGGUUGCACUCUGCAGCCGCAGUGGAACUUGCCAGAAGACUCAGCGCCUUGCUUAGGAAGAGCUUGCCAUCGUUGUUAGUGUUCAACCACUCAACAGUUGGUGCCAUCGCAGAAUACCUCUCAAGUUCUCAAAGUGGAGUGAGCGGUUCUAUCCAUAACCAAAUCCACAAUAAAGCCAUGGUCAAAGAAGAUACUCCCCCGACUGUGGUCGCAUGUCACUCUUCGGCACUACCUGCUAUGCCAAUGACUGAUCCUUCUGGUAUGAAUGAUCCUCAGACCUCGGUGCCUAUGACUCGAUGGGAUAUCGACCAGUAUGUUGACCAUACAGGUAACUUCAACAUAAGCAACGUCAACACUGUCCGACACGCUGCAUUCUUCCAAGCCCAUGUGGGAGAAUGUGAUCCCGAUGUAAUUGGCAUGGGCACCGCAGAAGUACUGGCAAUUGAUCCGACACAUCGCCUGCUAACUGAACAUGCUAUGACAGCAUUGAUCGGUGGUGAAAAGUAUUCGCAAGCAAUUUUUCCAUCAUGCAGUGACACAAUUUCUGUAUACGUCGGCUGCAUGUGGCAGGAAUAUGAACAUGUUGUCACCAAUGUCCUCUCAAUUGACCUUGGACCAGCUCUUACAACAGGUUCUAGCCUGUCGUUUCUUGCUGGUCGUGUAUCAUUUACACUCAAUUUGAGAGGUGAGUGUGCAGCAAUUGAUACUGCAUGUUCAUCUUCCAUGGUAGCUAUGCACUUUGGUCAUGAGUCAAUGCGUACACAUCUCGCAUCGCUCGUGUCAGGAGUGUCGUUGAUGCUUCUGCUAGACACCCAUGCACAGAUAUGUCAGCUCGGGGCCUUAUCACCAACUGGCCGGUGCAAGACGUUAGACAUGACUGCGGAUGGUUACGGCCGAGGUGAGGGAUGCGUUGUUUUCGUCGUGCGUGCUUUAAGUGAUUUGAUAUCGAAUGUGGCAACCGUUAUGCUAGCCACACAUGCCCGCUGCGGCAUUGCCGGAACGGCAGUAAAUCAAGAUGGGCGAAGUAGUUCGCUGACCACUCCGAAUGGAGCGUCUCAACAGGCGCUCCUUCGAAUUGCUGCCACCCGUGCAAAUACGGAACGGCUCUCCUCAGUCACAAUUCAUGGCACAGCAACUCCACUGGGUGAUCCCAUUGAAGUUGCUGCAUUGUCGGCUGUGUUCUGCAUCGUAAGUCAAAACGGGGAUGUUACAAACUUUCCAUUACAUAUCCAAGCUCCAAAGAGUGUGCUUGGCCAUUUGGAGGGUGCUGCUGGGACACACGCAAUACUCAAAACUAUUUCUGCCAUGAAUGCCGCAUCUGUUUCACCCAUCGCACAUCUCCGCACGAUCUCAACACACGUCGUGUCUGCAUUUGGUGGUGAAACUUUGAAGGUACCAUCUGAGCGUGCGGCAUAUUCGUUGUCAAGCAGCAACAGCUCCUAUGGGGUCAGUGCGUUUGGCAUGAGCGGUGUCAAUUCACAUUCAGUAAUUUGCCUUACAACAAAUGGCUUCCCUAUUUCAUUUAGCAGUGCUCACUAUGCACUCACUUUCCGGCAGAUUAUAUGGCCUCGGAAGACUGUACAUACAGUGCUCGGCGAGGCAACAUGCCAAAACGACAAAAUUAUAUUUACACUGAGUAAUAAGCCGGAGGUGAUCGAAGGUCUCAUGGAUCACCGCGUUUGUGGAUGCGCAAUUCUCCCGGCUGCGAUGAGCAUGUCUGCGGCAUUAGCAGCGACGCAAGCAGUGUACCAUGAGGUAAAACGAGAAUUCAGUGACACUUCACGUGCUCUUACAAACGUCACGUUCGUCAAACCUCUUUUCAUUACGGGCAUGACAGUUAUGCGAUGCGAACUGAGUUUACACAGUAUUGCAACGCUGUCAACAACAUUUGGAGAAAACAUGGCUGUUGGUGUCCGAUUCGCCAUGUCGAAGUAUAGAUGCACAGCCACUCCCCCUAUUGCGACCAAAUUGGUUUCAUCAAGGAAUAUCACCUCUCUUCACUCCUUUCACAUACACUUACGUGGUAACAUCUGUCGUUCACACGUGCACACUCGAGUUAGUCACGGUAAAAUGAAUGGAGGAUGUCAUCCCAGUGACAAAUAUACGUACCCACGUUUGAUCGAUGUGAUGAUGCACGCAGGUGUCGCAGCAUAUGUGUCAUUAUUGUCUUUAGCAAUUCCAACUGCAGUGGCAUUUUUUCAAACAUACGAGAAUGACAUCUUUUCAUGUCCCGAGUGGGCACUGACGCUUGCGCGCGACCAAAAUGUUAGCAAUCAUGCACUAGGGGACGGAUAUUCGAAGGCACUUGGCUUAAUAACGAAGAAAAUAUCUGCGUCCAGAUAUCUUUCUGUUGAUCCAAACUUAGUUCUGACAUCGGAGGAAGCACCUGUGACAUCAUCCUCUUCGUGUUAUUACCUCAAGAGACUUGCUAUCCCGUCGAGGGUCCAGAUGGGCUACAGUGACAUAGAAAGCUGUCAACACCUUGAUAGUUUCUCCCGUUAUUCUUCUACAGUUGCCGCGUCUUCGCCAUCUCAUCACAUGGCAGCGACGUGUUCAUCUAUUGCAUUGUUGCAGCAACUCGCCUCACGUGGCAGCAUUGUCGUCUCGUCUGUCGACGUCCUCUUGCGUGAUUCUUUUACUGUCAAUGAUACCAUACAUGGCAUAAUGCGCACGGCUACUCUUGAGUAUUCCUCCUACGUUAGUAUCACCACGAUACCAAUGAAAUCAUGUGAUGAUGCUGGGGUUAUCUAUCAGUCUCAGCUGUGCUUAUUAUCCAACAAUUCAAGAGUCGACCGAACGCAUUCACAGUGUCUAACUCUGCGCGAUGUUGUUUGUUGUGCCAAUUCAACUAAAGGAGUGGUAAUGAAAGCGAAUAUUCGAGAAGUUCAUAAUUAUAUGCGUAGAUUGAUUUCAAAUGACACUGACUUGAGAGAUUAUCAGUCAUCGCGUGCAUUCUUUAUCACGGGUGGUGUGGGUGCAUUGGGCUCAACAGUCGCAUUUUCGAUGCUUAAGGGAAACCCGACGAGUUGUGUCACUCUUCCUUGUCGUUCAGGUCGAACCAGGAAUAACAUGAACAAGUACGCCGCUGUGAGGCACCUAUACAGUAAAUUUCGUGGAGAUUCUGCACCCUCUGGAGUUGUCAUACUAUUAAAAUGUGAUAUCGCAUCGAUAGAAGAGUUUUCUGAGGUAACUGAGAAUGCGCGUUCUAAUAUUGCAUUUUAUCCUCGUGGAAUUUCAGACGUGGUUCACGCAGCUGGGGCACUUUCAGAUGCAUAUAUUUCUCGUCAGUGUACAGAGACAAUUCGUUGCGUUAUGGCUCCGAAAAUUCCCCCUGUUGUCAAUAGUGAGAGGCGACUAGCAGGAGGCGGCGCAGAAGCUCUAAAUUCGUGUGUGUUUUUCUCAUCUAUUGCUGCAUUAUUUGGCUCUAUGGGCCAAGUAGGGUACUCUGGAGCAAACUCUGCUCUUGAUGGUGUAACCAUGCGUCUUCGUCGAGGUGGGCGACCAGUCGCGAGUGUGCAAUGGGGUGCAUGGAGCGAAGAUGGAAUGGCGGCGAGAAGUCCUAACAUGUUGAACUCUGUCGAGCGCAUGGGCAUUGGAUUAGUCACUCCUCUCUGUGGUGUCGCCGUAUUCACCAUGUUACUGCGCAAUUUGUCAGCCAUAGAGAACUGCAAGGACGAAAAUGGAUCCAAUGGAAUAAUAGCGGCAAGCAACUUUGACUGGUCACGGAUUGUGAGACACCUGAAGCCCUUGCCUGCAGUCUGCCAAGCCGUGUGUGCUGAUAUGGUCAUUCCAAAAAGUACGGUUGAAUCGGUGCCAUCUUCCUUUGAUGUCAUGCAAGCUGGCGUAUCUAGUGGCGCAAUUUCAAAGAAUCUUUUAAGUCAUGAUCAUCAUGUCCUAGUCUGCCAUGAACAUGUCGAAGACGUCAUCAUACGCACAUUCACUUCACUUACUGGCAAUCAUAAUGUUGCAAUCGAUGAACCACUGAUGAGUGCUGGUCUUGAUUCUCUUACCGGCGCAGAGUUGCAGACCUCAAUUGAUACUGUGUUCGGAACUGAACUUCCUGCUACUGCUAUUUAUGAUUACCCUACAAUUUAUGCACUGACACAGAAAGUUUGCAAUGAUCUAGGUUUGGAGCAAUCGGAAAGUUUUUCCUCGACAAAGGUUCUCGAUCAUUCUCGGAUGCGCCUCCAAUACCACAACUCUGCCCGUGUCUUGCUUAUUACAGGAUCUUCCUCUCGAGCACCAACUCGUCCAUUCAUUCCAAACACCCCUGCAACCGGUGAUUCCAUCACAUGCAUUCCGCGAGAGCGAUGGGAUAUGCAAGCAUAUCAAGACAAAACGCAAAAACUGCUACCGUCACUCGGGGGAUUUAUGCACUAUGGGAUUGAUUUUAUCGAUAUUGGAGUUUUCGGGGUGGCUCAGAUUGAGGCGACACUAAUGGAUCCUCAGCACCGGAUUUUGCUCGAAAUGUUCGAACACGCACGGACAUCACAUACGUGCACGCUACGAGCUCGACCUGACGACCGGGAUAGAAACCAAUGCAAUACGGUUGGUUUUGGUGCAUAUGUUGGCAUCGCAGACCAAGGGUAUCAACAUAGUUUUGUCUUAAGCUUUUGGGGCACCACCCAUCCAUACAUUGCAACAGGAAACACGCUUUCUUGCGCUGCCGGGCGCCUAUGCUUUGUGUUUGCAAUGCACGGGCCCGCACUUUCUGUGGAUACUGCCUGCAGCUCGUCCAUUGUCAGCACUCAUCUAGCGAGUGCAGCGAUGACGAGUACAGAAAUUGACCGAGCUGCGGCGUGUGGUACUCAUUCUAUUUUAGCUGUCAGUGGCACCGCCACCUUUUCUGCUGCCGGGAUGUUGUCUGAGGACGCCAGAUGUAAGACCAUGGACGCCUCUGCAGACGGAUAUGUCCGCGGCGAAAGCGCAGGUGUAUUGAUUUUAGAAGUCAGUGGUACAGCUGAAAUCGUUCGAGACAAUGAUGUUGCCAUGAUCUUGUCUACUGCAGUUAACCAGGACGGAAGGUCCAGCGGAUUGACUGCGCCGAGUGGGUUAGCUCAGCAAGCUGUAAUCCGUGUCGCGCUUGCCGUCGGUUCGAUGCUUCCUGAGAACAUGUCAUCACUGCAAUUGCAUGGAACUGGUACCAGUCUCGGUGAUCCCAUCGAAUUUGGAGCAAGUCUUGCAGUGCUCAGGCGAUCAAGUGGUUCACCGUUGGUGCUUGAAGCAGUAAAAUCGUUCAUUGGCCACACGGAAUGUGCAUCAGGUAUAAUAGGUUUGAUGCAACCACUAUUGUCACUGAAUGAGAUGGCCAGCAGUAAAAUUUUACAUUUGACAGACCUCAACCCGCACGUUGUGAGUGUGUUAAAAUCGUCCAAGUACAUGCCUUCAUUAGAAGCUGAUGCCUUGACUGCAAGACAAUUGGUGCGCAUUUCCCGUCAGAACGCAGCGGCUGUGAACGUUGGAGACGAUAAUGUGAUGGCAUGUGGUGUUGGUUCGUUUGCAUUUCAGGGAACAAAUGGUCAGGCGAUAAUGGGUAUUCGAUUUGACUCUCAUAAAGGACCGCAUAAUUGUGCAGGUGCCGUGAAUGAACACGUGCUUUUCGAUAGACAACGACAUUGGGUGUUACCUCAGCCGCACGCAGCUCUGCGAUCAUUUGCAUCUCCUUCGUUUGACGUUCAUAUCAAAUAUUGGGCUGUACACGCGAAGUUAGAUGUGCGACUCCAUGCGCAUUUUUGGGACCACAAAGUUUUAGGAAGAGUGUUAUUCCCAGGGGCAGGAUUCCUGGAAGCAGCUGUUGCAGGCACCUUGAUCGCUUUGCCGACAGAUUACACGAAUGCUGCUGACAUUGCAAUUACUAAAUGCAUCUUGCCACUGCCCAUGUUGCUUCCGAUUCCUCCAACUUGCAACGACACCAGUGCAGAAAUAAAUCAUAAUCAGCGGACCACAAUUGGUCUUGCAUGGUGCAUGUUGAAUGGGUCACCAAAAGUCGAGAUUUCAUCAAUUUUGCCUCGUAGUUUUGGGCAAAUUUCCUCCACACAUUUUAUGGCGACUGUUACUAUGCUUGAAAGAACACACACGGAAACUAUGCUGAAGUGUGGAGAUGGUAAAAUUGCCAAUGACGCAAAUUUCGUCACGCCCCAGAGCCUGCUUUCAUAUUUCAUGGCAAAGACUGUAAUUAGUAUCCAACCUGUUGCAAGUGGUGGCAUACGAGCACCAGCUGCUGACAAUUACUUGGAUUAUCACAUCCAUCCCGCAUGUAUCGAUAAUGCGAUGCAGCUUGCAGGAGCGAUAUCCGAGAAAGGUGGAGAUGAUUCAACACUAAAGGUACCUGCUGGCGUCGAAGCAUUCGCCGCACCAUUAAAAACAAAUCGCACGACAAACUUAAACGCAUGUGGAGAAAAUGCAUCUUCAUCCUCACGUAGCCUACAGGCAACAAAUCACGAGCUAGCAUGUGCAUUAGGUGGGCGUCUAUUGAUGAGGCUAUUGGGGUUGGGGUUGAAGGAAAUGCGUGCUGCCACCAAAAUGCUGCAGAGGAAUAUGGUAGCCACCAAGACAAAGAAAAUGGUUGUCAAAAUAAAUCCAUCGAAAAUCCCAAUAAUCACAUAUUCGUUGGAAUGGCUCGCAUACCCACCACCAGUUCAAUUGGAGUGUUGCAAGGAGACAAGGCCACUUGCGCCUCCUCACUCCAUGACUUCUUCAUCAAGACGUGCCCAUCCUGCUGAUGCCAUAGCACUAUUUCAAAUCGGAAGCACAAAAACGAUGGUGAAUCGGGCAUUGGUUCGCACUGCUGGCGGUGUUGUUGCAAUUUCCAACACUCCGAUCUCCUCUGACUUGCAGACGCCAACCAAAAGAUUCAUCACCACUGCUGCUAUGCACGGCAUGGCACGAACUGUCGCUCAGGAGUGCCGCAAGUGCCAGAUUGACUCGGUUGAUGUCGAUGCAACCUCAAAUUUGAAUCGGGAAGCGAAUAUCUUUGCCGUUAGUGACUAUAGGCUCGGUGUCACAAGGGAGAAGACAACGCGUGGCGGGCAUUGGAGAUCGCCCAAUCUCACGCCGUUGAACCACGGAGCUUCCCUGUCACAUACAUCAUCAUUACGUCCUGCAGUUGUGACGAGUGAAAAUGUCAUGGUCAGGAUUCUGGCAACGAGUGCAUCCAUAGAAGACGUCACUUGGCAUUGCUUGUGCGGUGAGGAUGAGGAUGUAGACACAGCAAAAAGAGAUCAAAUUCUCGUUGGAUUCGUCGGUACUGUGAUGGAAAGUUGUAAUUCUUUCCCAACCGAGGUCGGCACUGCGGUCUUUGGUGUGAUGCGCUCCAGCAGCGCCACAACAAUUUCUUCAUCCGCGCUCGUCUCAAUUGCAGAGUGUCGGUUACUCCCUCAGGGCAUCUUUUUCGAAUCUGCAGCCGCACUACCAGGACCACAUGUACUUGCACAUGCGUGUCUACAGGUCGCACUUUCGCUCGACAAAAAAUUAGACAACAUUAUCGUCUUACAAGAUUAUCUCAAUUGUCCAGUUUCUCGUGCCGCGGCUGCUCAAAUUGAUGACGAGGAGGCAAACACUGACAGAGUGCACUGGGUUUCGGAUCCAAAAGAGCUACCUCUAGGGCACAAGGCGACUGCAGUGUUUGGUUAUUUUGAUACGAAGAAAGAACUGGUCGACGCAUUUGAUGUGCUCGCCUUCGGUGGCACGCUCGUGAAGAUGUCUCGGGCAACAGUUCGGCGAGUAGAAGCAGUCAGAGAAAUUAUUGUUGGAUGUGGUGUCAGCUCUGGCGCAUUCCUCCGCGAGGAUGGCCCUGAACUCGACAUUUCUAUUCUUCUUGACACGAGGCCAGAUAUACGCGUGCAUAACCUCGUGGAUUUGGCAGGAAAAUCGGUCCAAAGCUCAACCGCGGCGCUUGAUUUCAUAGCAAGAUCAUUUGCGAAUUGGGGCACCUCAGGUGGUGUGUUGAGUCACCCUUAUGUCACACUCCAUCCUGCGGCUAAUCGCUAUUCAUCAGUAAUCGACACUGGAUCGAAAUCAAUGAAAUCAUACUUAGUUCGUCACAUCGUCAGCGACUCAGCAAAUCUUCUUUGCCCUGCCCUCGUGACGCUCUCAUGUGACCCAAUUCCAUUUUCUUAUGCGGGCACACGAACAGCAAUUGUUAUCACAGGUGGUUUAGGGUCCCUGAGUCUUGAAACUUCAACAUGGCUUGCGCGUCAUGGCUCGAUCGACAUACGUUUACUCAGUCGCGCUGGACGAGGGAAGAUUACGCAUGAACUUCGGAAUUGCUCAGGGGUGGUGACAAUCGAUCGAGCAGACACAUCUUCAUUAGAGGAGUGUGCUAAUGUAUUUGCAGACGUUUCUACUGGAGCAAUCAACUCUCAUCGACUGCCUGCUGGUUCGUUGAUCCAUGCCGCAGGCAUUUUGCGCGAUGCGAUGCUUGUCAGACAAAAAAUGGACAGUGUUCUAGACGUCUUUGGGGCUAAAUCUUCAACUAUUGUCCGCUUAAAAGCUCAAAUACGACCUGUGCCGUUAUAUGCAAUCGUGUUGUUUUCCUCAGUUGCAUCGCUCAUGGGAAGUGCGGGUCAGACGAACUAUGCCGGCGCAAAUGCAGCCCUAGAUCGUCUAGCAGAAAGAACCCGUGGCCAAGGCAAACCUGCCAUUUCAAUUCAGUGGGGUGCAUGGGGAGAAAUAGGCAUGGCUGCCGAUAAUGACCAUAUACUCUCACGCAUUGAUGCGAUUGGUAUGGGAGUGUUGCAGCCUUGGCAGGGAGUGAUGUCACUGUUCGGGAUGCUUGAAAAUAUGGGAAGCAUUGACACUGUUGCAGUGAGCCCAUUUAGUUGGGAAAAACUUGGGAAAGUGCUAAAUCCUCUGCCUGAUAUGUGCCGUGAUUUAGUAAAUCAUGUAACAGCAAAGAAUGUAUUAACUGGAAGUGAGAUCAAGGGGAAAAUCGGUACAUACGAGCUUGAACCGGCGGCCUCUAUUGCAAAUGAACCAUCAUUUUGGAGCCUCCCUGCCAUACAAUUCCGCGUAAUGACCAUUAUCAACGAUAUGAUUGCUCGAGAUGUUGAGCCUGAUGAACCCCUGAUAGAAGCGGGGCUGGACUCUCUAUCGGGCGACGAGCUAAAAUCAAAGAUUGAAAUCACCUUUGGCGUUGAAAUUCCGCAAACAGCAGUGUUUGAUUACCCAAAUAGUGAGGCUAUGUCUGAGUUCAUUUAUUCAGAGCUUGCAGGUAGUGCUGACACCAAAUGCAGGAACGUAAAUCAUUCGGGCAACUUUACGAAAGAACAAUUCGAGGUUGACCCGCAAUACAAUCGCAUUACAACAGCAGUUGGAUCCAGUGCAGUCCGAAUUGAUAUUCAGCCGCGCGUUGAAAAUAUAAUUAGUGAACUCAUUGGGCGUGACAUUGGACCAGACGAGCCGUUGAUAGACGCUGGGCUAGACUCACUGUCUGGGUUAGAGCUAAAGUCUCAAAUGGAAAAUGAAUUUGAAGUUGAUCUACCUGAAACUGUGAUAUUUGAUUACCCCACUACGAAUGCCCUUGUGACAUUCAUAAUUGAACAACAACAAGACACUGGGCGUGGAGCAAAGAACGUCAGCAUGCACGGCGACAUUAAACCGCGUCACUCUCAAUCAUCUCAAGUAGAAAACUGUAGUCAUAAAGGUUAUAGAAGCAGCAAGGAUACUGAUUCGACCUUUGUCCUCAGUAGGGUGCUUGCCAUACUGAGCGAACUUAUUGGCCGCACCAUAGACCAAGAUGAACCACUUAUAGAUGCGGGAAUAGACUCACUUUCUGGGGCUGGUAUGAAGACGCAAUUGGAGUCCGAAUUCCACGUUUGCCUUCCGGAAACUGCUUUAUAUGAUUACCCAUCAGCUGCAGCAUUGUCAUCUUUCAUUUGCAAACAGGUCAACAGUGGUAACAACGAGAAAGAAACACGUUCUGAAGAAAAUAAAACCAUUCGUCCUUAUCAAGUCCGUAGCAAGAAUAACGUAACCAGCUCUGGUACUAUGCUCAACUCCGCUGAAUCAUUUGCUACUUCAACCGCCGUAUCUGAUGCGUCAUUUGUUCUACCCUCAACACCCCGUUCUGGGUUUAUUGCCGAUGUCUCAGGAACCGGCGAUGCCAUCUCGCGUGUGCCUAGAGAACGGUGGGACAUGCAACAAUUCUGGGAUAUGUAUUUAGAGUAUGAGGCCACGUCUGCACUUGUACCGCCUUUUGGAAGCUUUAUCGAUCAAGGUGAUAUAUUUGAUGCAUCUCUAUUUGGUAUUUCUCGAGCUGAAGCGAUUGUCACAGAUCCACAACAUCGAUGGUUGCUUGAGGGCGUCUUACAUGUGCAAGCACAUGCAAUGCCCACGAAACAACAGAUCAGCGAUCUAGAAGGUGAAAUUCCUGGUAUCGGCGUGUACGUUGGUAUCAGCGGAACAGACUAUCUUAUCGAUCAGGUGUUGCCAACUGCCAUGUUACUCAACGCUUUCAUCUUGCCAGGCAACGUUCUCAGUGUUGCUGCCGGUAGAAUAUCUUUCAUUUUUGGCUUCCGGGGACCAUCCUUGGCAGUGGAUACGGCAUGUUCAGCAUCUAUAGUCAGCACACACGUGGCAACACGUGCGAUGCAAGUUGGCGAUAUUUUUGCGGCGCUAUCAUGCGGCGUCAGCGCCAUCAUGAGUGUGUUGACCUCGGGUUUGUUCACAGCGGCUGGGAUGUUAUCUCCUGAAGGUCGAUGUAAAACCUUAGAUGCUUCAGCAAACGGAUAUGUCCGGGGCGAGGCACGAGGCGUGAUCUUCAUUGAGUGCAUUGGCCGUCACACAUUUUCGAGAACGAUGUCCUUCUGUGUCUUUGUCAUUGGAUCCUCCGUAAAUCAGGACGGGAGAUCUAGUUCUCUUACUGCACCAAAUGGCCCCUCUCAACAAUCAGUGAUUUGUGCCGCACUACGGGACACUAAUCUGGAUGCAACAGAUGUUACAAAUCUACAGAUGCACGGCACUGGCACGCCACUUGGUGAUCCAAUUGAAGUAGGAGCCGUAGUGACCGUAUAUAAGCGUGCAAUUGAUACUCUGCACGCGCCACUGAAGCUUGAGGCGGUUAAAUCCCACGUCGGGCAUACAGAAACUGCUGCUGGCAUGGUCGGAGUUGCUCAGCCGUUGAAUGAUAUGUUGCACGCAUGCACAGCGGCAAUGAGUCAUCUUAGGAGCAUAAAUCCACACGUGAUCAGUGUGAUGCUGUCUGCUGCAAGCAAGUCAUCCGCAGAAACAUCUGCAGUCUCGAUACAGGUGUUGCGGCAACAAUCGAACCAAAUAUUGGCAGGACCAGUGACAUCAACUGGUCCUUCAUGCGGUAUAAGUGGGUUUGCUUUCCAAGGAACAAACAGUCACGUGGUACUUCAAGCGCAAAUCGUCAAUGUCAAGUCACCAAUCGUGUACACAUAUUGUUCAAUCAAUGUCCUCGACUGCAAACGACAAUGGGUAGUGCCAAUGUCUGCACACACUUUGCUGAGCGACAUUCGUUGCGUUUCGCCUCAAACAAGUAUCCAGAAUGUUUUCCUAGACCCACGGAAGCAUCACGGUUUAUGGGAUCAUCGGGUGAUGCGGCAUGCACUCUUCCCUGCUGCAGGCUUUAUGGACCUUGCAACUAGCGGUGUUUGUACUCUGGGUGACUGUAUGAUUGCUGAUUGUGUAGCUGUGGUAUGCGGAGUGAUGCCUGUGCCUUUACUUCUACCCGAGACAUCGAAAGAUAAUUCACAAGUAAUGACGACUGUAAUUCAAUUGCGGACAGAUUCAGUGGGGAGUAACGUGGAAAUAGUGUCUGAAAGAAAAACAGGAAAUCCACACCUAUGUGCUCAUGUGCAUUAUCUUGCACACCAGCCAGGUGCAUGUGAUGCAACGGUACAGAGGACCAAUGAUUUUCUGAAUAUGUUGAAUAGGAUAACAUUUCCUUCUAUAACGGCCUCGCCGCUCCGGAAAGGGCUAUUCGCUCAUGGUUCAAUUGAAGACCUAUCGGACAAUUAUACGCCGUUCCGCAUCGAACCGUCGGCAUUGGACAACAUGUUACAGCUCGCUGCUGCAUCACACGUUGUCUCGAAAGCAUCAAACCAGCCAAGAUUGAUAAUACCUACUGGGUUUUCAGCUUUCAGUGCACGAAUGAAUCAUCCUGGCGGAUCAUCCCUUCGGGCCUCUGUACACGUUCCGGGUAAUGAUCGAGACAAUUUUCAAAAAUCAAAAAUGUCGUCUCACGAGCUGACGAGCCCUAGAAGUGCAGCUCUUGGUCGAUUGCGCAACAUGGAGGUACGUGCCGUGCAUCGACACGCGUUUGAUGAAAUGACAAAACAAUCAAAGAAACAUGCGCUAAAACCCACACAAAAAAAGCACAGCAGUAGACGUGCAUUUUACCGAAUUAUUUGGGAUGCGCAACCCCGUAGUGUCACUCACGUUUCAACUGCGGAUAGCUGUCGCAUCGCGAGAUUGGCAACACCAAGUAAGCUUGCAGCUUCAUUGGUGCGUGCAACUGCAGGGUCUGUUCAAACUUUGCAAGCACGUAUAAACACCACCAAAGAAGUAUCUAUUUCACUUAGCACACGUGAUGCGCAUCCGUUCCGCCCUGCCACCACCGUUGCAUCGAAUUCCAAUCCCGGAAACUUGGCAGACGCAGUGUGGGGAGUAUGGACUGUUGCAGCGACGGAAAUGCCUUCGUCAUCGAGCUUGAAUGGUAUGGACUACGCAUUAGUUGAUACUUACAGUAUUCAUCACGGAAACAAUUUAGAAGCAGACAAUUUACACAGUGGGUUGAACUAUGGUGGGGCAUGUGCAACGCCUCGACUUGUCAGCAUUGAAGAGCUAAACGAGGACAUCACUGUCAAACGAUCACUUCGUGCGAUUGCACCACCGACCCCCUUCGCUCUCGGGUGCGAAAAACGCGCACUCGUGACGGGAGGUCUCGGCGCCAUCGCACUCAACGCUGCUAUAUGGCUUGUAGGACACCAGUCCAACCACCGACACAUUUCAGAUGAUGAUGAUAAAAAAUGCGCGUAUCGACCUCCCGGUAUGCACCCUAUCCUUGUGUCGCGCACGGGUCGCUCUGCAGAACAAGCUUUUGGUUAUCUCGUUGAGAAUUGCUUUCGUGUCAUUGUUGCCAUUUCUGCUGAUAUCUCAGUAGCCGAAGAUGCGUUCUAUGCACGUGUGAUCACUGGUCGCGACGCAUCGUUAUUGUUUCAUGCAGCGGGUUUACUUCGUGAUGCUAUUCUUACGCGUCAAACUGCUGGCGACAUCCGUGUUGUUGCUGCCCCGAAGUCUGUUGCAUUUUUACGUCACUUUCGUCCGUCUCGCGACUUAUUGGGGACGCCUCUCGAUGCAUCUGUUUCGUUUUCGUCCAUUGCCUCAUUUUUUGGCUCUAUUGGUCAAGCGCCCUAUGCAGCAGCAAAUGCAUCUCUUGAAGGUCUUGCAAUUAUUGAGCGAGUCCGUGGCGCAGUCAAUGGCAGUUGUGCAUUCGGCGCAUGGAAAAACACAGGCAUGGCCGCAAACGGUGGGUCAGAAGCUGCAGAGAAGUAUGGAUAUGGUGCACUUUCUCUUGACGAAGGUGUGCGGGCGUUGGCUUUCGCGGCUUCCUCUGGCGGUGGUGUUUUUCCGUCAGAGGGUAGAAUGAUUGUGACUCCAAUCGAAUGGCUGACCCUUUCACUUUCCUUAGAUUCACGCAUCACUUCGAGGAUGUCUGUCUUUAAUGAUUUUCUUCCUGGUUCGGAAAAAAAUAUCUUCGGAUUCUCUAAUAUGGUGUCUGAAGGCUUGCACGUUAAAACACAAGGUCUUCGGAGGAGGACUCCACCAGCUGCAUAUGCUCACUUGCACGGUGAUCUCGCAGUCGAAGCAGUCACGAAUAGACUUCUAAUUCUCUUGGCCGAAUCAACGAAUGUCAACAUUCAGCACGACGACCCACUGAUGGAGUCGGGACUUGAUUCUGUUGCUGGUAUAGAGCUACAGCAAAGAGCAGAGACAGAGUUUAACGUAAAGCUUGAGCCGACGGCAGCUCUGGAUAAUCCAACUGCUGCAGCGCUUGGGAGACACAUUGUCGAUGUCAUGGGUUUGUUAGACAAGAACGAACCCGAUGAGCAUACUGGCAUCAAUCCUGCUCUUGUUCAUUUUUUUGAUCGUGGUCUCGAUUCGAAGGGAGUUCUGCUGCCUUCAGGGAGAUAUGGCAAGCUCAUACCUAUUGCUACAGCUGCCGCAGUGUAUGCUGGCGGCGUGGACUCUACGGAGUCAUUUUUGUGCCAAUUAGUGCAUGAGGGGACGGAUCCUCAAAAGCUCGUCCCACUCGCUCGAUACGAUAUUGAACGACACUAUGACCCACUUUCAGUAAGAGAAAUAGGUGUUGUGACGGUCCGCCACGGAGCCUUCCUCGAAAGUACACACACGGAGCAUUUCGACGCAACUUUAUUUCGAAUGUCUUCGACAGAGGCCCUGCAUAUGGACCCACAACAACGUUUGUUACUAGAAACAUGCUUACGAACGUGCGCUGUUGCUAACCUCUUGAGUCUUGAAGUUAAGAUCUCAAGUAUUCGCGAGCGCACAGGAGUGUACGUAGGAUGUAUGUACAAUGAGGUACCUCAUUUACAACGUGAAUAUGGUGUUGACGCAGGUGCAUAUGCAGGCACUGGAAGUGGCAGCGCGUUUAUGUGUGGCCGCAUGUCGUAUUGCCUUGAUCUGAGUGGCCCAUGCAUUAGCACAGACACCGCGUGCUCUUCAUCGCUCGUUUCGACCCACCUGGCAUGGAGAGAGGUUGGAAUGCGAGAGGCUGACGCAGGUCUUGUUGCAGGUGUCAAUCUUACGUUGUUGUACAUCAACACAUCGGUUAUCUGUGCGAUAGGAGCCUUAUCGCGAGUUGGACGAUGCAAGACAAUGGACACUUCAGCGGAUGGGUAUGGACGAGGGGAAGGAUGUGGGGUUUUUGUCAUCGGUGGCACUGAAUCUCUUGUUUUCAUCGAAAACGCCAUGCUGGCAGGGUCAGCUAUAAACCAGGAUGGACGCAGUAGUGCACUAACAGCACCACAUGGUCCUUCACAGAAGUUACUAUUACUUGAUGUUGCUCGAGAAGAAGCAGCGACUAGUGUUCAUGGCAUAAGCGAUGCAGCCACCAGUACUAAGUACAUAGCAACACACGGGACAGGUACUAACCUGGGUGACCCUAUCGAAGCGGCGGCAAUUGCUCGAUAUGUCAUAGAGUUGGCUGACGUAAACACAAACUACAGUGAUACCAACGCAAAACUCCUUCUGGGGGCCCCAAAGGCUCAUUAUGGUCACACAGAGGGUGCUGCAGGGGUGUGUGGUCUUCUUGCUGCUGCAUGUGCGCUUUCACACCGAGACACGCCGUCGGUAAGACACCUUCGUGAUUUGAAUCCGUUCGUGGCAUCGGCGUUUGAGACAGGUAGAGAAUGCGGACCAGGUGCACCCCGAACUAGAUGCUCCUCGAUUUUGUUUGUGCGCGAUUCUACCGUUGAGACUGCGGCGACUUCUAGUUUCGGAAUGAGUGGUGUAAAUGCUCACGCUUGUAUCUGCUCGAGACAUCAGAAACCACGAUUGAAGUUUUCAGCAAGCUUCAUUUGGGUUCGAGAUGCAAAUCAAUUUUCUUAUCGUCCCUGUUUACAUGUUAUGCUUAUGCAGUGGUCAGCACUGCCAACUAAUGGCGCACACGAAGAUAAGAUCGAACUUGAUAUGGAUGGAACGCGCGUGAUUCCAUUUUUGCAUGACCACCAAGUCUUGGGUCGCUCGUUAUUCCCAGCGGCAGCAUCACUAGCAGUGAUGGUCGCUGCGACCAUGUGUGCCAAUGAUAGUGAACUGCAUGGAUAUGUGGUUAUUGCAAAUGUGAUUUUGUCCACACCUUUGGUGGUAUCGACCAUUCCCUACCGAAAUGAAGCAGUGCCAUCGACCACGGUUGAAGUUCGGAAGAGUGCAGACGGCUCAAUCAGGCUUCUUUCUACGUCACCCUCACCUUCGUCAUUCAUCGUGACGCAUGUGUCUGGAACUGUGCGACGGCACUUCACCGGCUUUGCGUCUUUGGUGGCAUUUGAUGCCACAACGCUUCUGGCACACGUAGACUUUUUCCCUAAGGGGCAGUCGUUGCCGCAGAGCAACACUGUCGCGCAACUUAUGUCCUCAGCAAAUGAGUCUGGAUGGAUCAACAUCGAAGCUGUAGACAAUGCUAUACACCUCGUCGCUUCAAUCGCCGAUGCAUCUGACUUAUUUAAGUCACGAGAUGACCAACAAGGUAAGAUAUAUCGUGGCCAUGUUCCUGCUGCUAUCGACUCGUGCGCAUUUGGAUAUGAUGCGUCCACAUCGUCGAUGCACGUGGAACACCAAUUCGCAUCGGCGCAGCAAGUUGCAAGUCCUGAAGAUCGUGCACGACGCAGCAAUCAUAGCUUAGGUGAUGGUACCAGAUCUCUUGUUUCCAUCAAAAAUAUUCUAAUAAAAUCUUCGGCAAGCAAGGAUGCGUCAACGAUGACAACUAAAGUUAUCUCCAAGGCCACGUCUUCAAUGAGAAUGGAUGUUAACCAUUAUAUUCGAUGGGAGACUAUACCUGGCGCACCUGUCAUUGCUCAUCUUGCGGCAAAACCCUACUACAUGUUUAUCGCGGAAAACAAGCGUAUCCCUAUAAGAUUAAGGGUUGUUUCUGAAGUUGCUAGCGCAGUCGCAGCUUCACAAACACUUCUUGCUGAACGGAUACUGACAACGUUCAAGGUCAAUACCCGUGGGGCAUUGCCAAUAUCAUCAUCAAUUAGCGUGAUGCAUAUGUCUUCACAUCCGAUGAACACGCGAGGAUCAACGUUGCAUGCGUUGAUUCGUACAUUGUCACAGGAGGUACCUGGAAUAGAAGGUGUUGCAAUAGAUGGUGACCCCAUGGAUUUGAUAAGGCUCUAUCAGAGUACAGACACAUGCACCACCAAUCAAGCUGACGCACGGCAGAGACAUGACACCACAAUACGCGGUGCGGCGGAAUCGAUGUCAAAAAUUGUCCGUAUGUGGCAAAUGCGACCAUCUUCCUUGAAAGUUAUAGAAGGUGAGAGGCGCUUUGAUAUCCCCGCACCUCAACAAGGAUAUGCGAUUCAUAUCAUUGCAUCAUCACCGAGCCUGCAUGAUAUCGUAGGGUUUACUCUUGGUGCCAAAGCUGCGAAUACAUUAGCUGCUUGCGCAUUUUGUGCAUUUGUUGGCAGUGUUGUUCAAGUUGGUGCAAGAAUUCUGAAAACAUCUACAAUCACUGUUGGUGAAGCAGUUGUAGGACUACAUUAUGGCCAUGUAUCGCGUGCAAUAACAGCUCACGAUCAUUACGUGGCAGCAUUACCCUCCAACAUUGCAAAUGUACCGUGUAUCAUGGCUGCACAAUUCUCGGCAGCACUAUUAGAGAGGUUGGAUGCGCUUCGAUGCAGCAAUAUGAUGGACAAGCACGUGAUGAUCUCUCAGGUGGUAAAUAUCACUGCUCUUGAAGUUGCCGAUGGUUUGGGUUAUAGCAAGUCUGCUAAGAAGAACUUAUUAACUGCAGAUGAUGUGCACGUCGCGUUUAACUGCGUGAUUCGCCAACAACAGACGAUAAAAGACAUAUUAUUCAUUCUUCGAACCCCUUCUUUUGACGAGGCAUUUACUGUGUCACCUAAAACGGCCCUAAUUACUGGCGGAUCUGGUGCUCUCGGAGCUCGCACGGGGUUAUGGCUAGCCACCCGGUCAAAAGCGAAUAAAAUAAUACUCACAGGUCAAUCUGGACGCGCACUUGACAGCCAAAUGACUCUGUCAAACCUUGUAUCUACUGCAACAAUUGUUUCUAUUGCAAAAGCAGACAUAUCUAACAUGGAAGGGGUCGCACUCCAGACUGAUAUGGUCGCAUGCAAUGCUGCUGGAUUUACUACAUUUCACGCUAGUGGCUUGCUUGCCGACCGUAAACUCUUGUCGCAGCAUAUGGAAACUGUUCGUGGGGUGUUUGCCCCAAAGCAUAGCGGGGCGGUACGGUUAGUCACAUCGCCUCCUAUACUUUUUGGCGCAUCAGGUCCAACUAUUUUCUUUUCAUCGAUUGCGUCUUUGCUUGGCGCAGCUGGACAAUCAAACUACGCAACCGCGAAUGCUUCUCUUGAUAGUGCAUCCCGAUUUCAUCGUUUUAGUGGGGUGCCAUCAAUGAGUGUAAAUUGGGGGGGGUGGUCAGGUGGGGGGAUGGCGGAUGAGUUCAUAUUGAGGCGGGCAGCUCGGAUGGGUAUAGCUACAGUGAGUCCAACAAAAGGUCUCAAUGCAUUGUUUACUACACUGGAAGAUAAUCUUGCGGACGUGUCCAUUAGUCCAUUUGAAUGGCAUGUGUUCUUGUCAUAUCUUCCCAAACCCACGCCUCCAUUAUUUGAUUAUGUUGCAGAUACCACAUCGACUGACAUUGUAUUCCAGUUAACUGGGUUCGUGCUUGACUCCAUAACAGGAUCAACACGCACUACUACUUUGCUUUCAUAUAUUCAAAAUAAUAAUGUCUCAUCGACCGAGAAUUUUGCAUUGAGUUCCUCUAUUCCAGCAAAAGAAAAAAUAACGCUGAAAACAAGAAACAACUCUGAGGUGAGACUUGCAGCUAUCUCAAAUGAUAUACUCUCUGUUGUUCGCGAAGUUGCGGCAGUAAACAUCGCUCCUGAUGAACCCCUGAUGGAUAGUGGAAUUGAUUCACUAGCAGGGGUGGAGUUGAAGAAUAAAAUCGAGGAGUUGUAUGGAGUUGAGCUUCCAGCUACAGCAGCUUUUGAUUACCCAUCCGUGCAUGCGUUGUCAGUAUUUUUGGCAUCUCAGCUGGAUGAGGAUGACGCAAAGCAGACAUUUUCCUCUUCUCCUGAUAUCAUCACACGAGCACCGCAAAUUCCGACCAUGGCGAGUCCAAAUCAUCACCUUUCUUCCUCCAUCGUCGUUAUGGAUUGGUCCGGAUCAGCAGCCUGCACGGCCAGCCCCUUAUCUACUAUUGCAGCAUCCGAUGAUAUUUCAACUAUACCGCAUGACCGAUGGAACCAUGACAUUGCGGGAGGAUCAAACCCCUCUGAAUCUGUCACCCCAGCUUCCACCUCUGCUGCACGUUUCGGAGCCUGGGUGCCCGACGUUGCGUAUUUUGAUGCAGUCGUCUUCGCAACUUCACAUGUCGAGGCUGCGCUGAUGGAUCCACAACAAAGACAUUUAUUGGAGUCAUGUUACGCACUUUGUACUGCCCCGGGUUCUACAAUUGCAUUUUUCACUGCAGCAGGACUACCCGGUGCAUCAUCGCCAUCAAGUGAUUCGAUUGCAGUUGCAAUCGGGUUGAGCGUCAUGGACUACUCACGCAUAGUUCCGGAGACAUUUGGAUGUCCUCCAUCGCCUUACCUUGGGACCGGAAACGCUGUAUCGGUAGUGUGUGGUCGUUUAUCAUACACUUUUGGAUUAAAGGGCCCAAGCUUUGCCGUCGAUACUGCGUGCUCCUCAUCCCUUGUUGCUACCCACAUGGCCGGUAAUAUUAUCGUCGAAGAUGGUGUAUCCGGCCUAGAGAUGGCGGGAACAACUACUGGAGCAGUAGCGGGUGGAGUUGCACUGAUAUUUGCGCCGCAAGCAUCAACAAUCUUCGCCGCAGCUGGGAUGUUGGCACCCGAUGGGCGGUGUAAGACUUUAGAUGCCAAAGCCGAUGGCUAUGUACGUACUGAGGCGGUUUGGGCUUUAAUUCUGUGGAAUGCUUCUCCUUCCAACUCUUCGUCACAAAUGAUGGUUGAUGUAGCAGUUGUGAUUCGACUUACACCAACCUUGCUGGCGUCUUCCGCUGUGAAUCAAGAUGGGCGCUCUAGCUCACUGACAGCGCCCAAUGGGCCAUCGCAGCAAGAAGUUUUGACCGCGGCAGCGCGUACUGCGCAUACAUUGACAAAUCGACCUGCGGACAUGCUUGAGAUGCACGGCACGGGUACGGCUCUAGGCGAUCCAAUUGAGUUUGGUGCUGCUUUCACUGUGGCAAAAGAGGCGAGAGAUGCCUUUGCAAGACUAGUUAGGAAUGGCACAAGCGACUCACUUGUAACACCACAUGAUGACUGUAUAAUUACACUGAGUGCCAUUAAGGGAUCUGUUGGGCACUCCGAAGCAGCUGCUGGGAUGUGGGGCUUGCUGAACGCGAUAUGCCAACUCCAUACACGAGGUAGAGGUCAUCCUUUGCACCUCCGCAAUCUGAAUACAUAUAUUUUGCAGGUCAUUAAGCGGCGUGUGGAUAGCUGCCCGACCGCAGCCGCAGGACGGCAGAAAAGUUGCGCUCCUGUGCGGCACGAAGAAAAUCCAGGGUGUAUAUGCGGCGUGAGCUCAUUUGCAUUUCAGGGUACUAAUGCGCACAGUAUAGUGGCAUCUCGCGUGUUGACGAUGCCGCCGCGCUCGAUUGCAGGAGGGCACCGAGUGAGUUUGUUUGACCAAGGUCAAGUAUGGUGCUUUCCUUUGACAAAACAUGUUUUAAAUGCAUGCAUUUCGGUCGAACCAGAUCUGGUUGUGAUAAUGAGCGACCUAACCGCUCCGCGAUAUCUUGCGUGGAUCAAUGACCAUAUGUGUUACGGUCGUCGCACUUUGCAUCCUACAAUUCUUAUGGAGUUGACGUCUGCUAUUGCACAUGCAACGCUUCAACCAAUGAAUUUCGAUGUGACAUAUUGUAGGAAAGUCGCUCUCCCCACGCUAAAUUGUUCUUUACAGGGGCGUAUAAGCAUUGAUGUGGACGUCCGACACGGUGGAUUGGUUGUGAGAGAGACAUGUAGAAGUCAAUGUUUGUUGGCUUGCGGGGUGGGACAGAUUCACACUUUUAUUACCAACCACAUAGUCAGUAAGAUCUUACACCAAACGAAACAUGCUACAUAUACGUCGUAUGUGAUGUCUUCCCGAUGGAACGAUUGCAGCAAUAGUAAUACUGCAUCAAGUGCACUUGUUUCAACAGGGCUACGUCAGCUUAUUUCUGCUGUGGACGCUUUGUGUUUUACGGUUUCUCCAAAUGCAUACAAUUUUAGUUCUGAAGGCGACACCGUCGGUUUGAGGGCGAAAGGAUCAAACGUCUUUGCUUGCUGUAACAGAUGGAUUUUAAUUGGAGUUAAAGUCAGUGUCAUCAAUCGUGUCAUCAAUUGUGCACAGAUUGAAUCAAAAAUGAUGGGAGAGUCCAUGAUGUCUCGUGCUGUGUCCGUGGCAAGAUUCUCGAGCACUCGAGUUCAGCAAUUUCUCAGUCACAUAUUCGCUGUCUGGCCACCAUCAUUAUCAAAUAAAUUACCCUCUCACCAUCCUGCAAACGCGAGGAUACAAGGUGUCUUUGCUAGUGACACUUCAAACGCCAUAUCCAUAAAUAUCCUCGCAGAUGUACUCAGGGUGCUUAAUGCUGCCUCACGCACUGAAGAUGCUAAACCUAUCACGAAGAAUACCAACCUCGUGGACGUAGGUUUUGGAUCGUUGCAGGUGAUCGAGGUAAGGCGCCAAUUGGAAGAAGUUGCACCUUUCGGAUAUAAUCUCAUCGAAUUUGCUGCAGUUGAUAACGCCACGCCUGCGUCGUUGGUUGGACAUAUGAUGGCGUUUUCAGAUGGCGGCAGAAAUAGCAUUGACACAGACUUGGCACCGUUGCGCCGCAAAGACAUCCUGGCAUUUAGAAUUAUUCCAUAUAUUGGCCUGAUAUUUACCUUUGUAUUUUUCACACAGAUAAGUUUAUUUUCGAAAGUAAUGGCCGGGUGA